ACAUGUUGCCUUGAAAUUUGUUUUGUUUUGUUAACACACUUCCCUUUUGUGUUAAUUCUCCAGUUGGUGGGCCAAUUCAUUGCACGUGCUGUGAGCGACAACAUAUUAUCCAAGAGUUACAUCGAGGGCUUCAAAGGCAGAGUUGACUGUCAAUACACAAGAGCAUCACUCGACCGGGCAGCAGUGCUGCUGAAGAUGAGUAGGGGGGGCCUACGCAUAGACAACCAGUGGGGGGCCGGCGGGGGCCAGAGGCCUGUCAUACAGCUUAUCAAAGAGGUGAACCUGCUGCUGAAGGAGUACAUCCUGUCUGGGGACAGUAAGGAGGCUGAGAGGUGCCUGAGGGAUCUGGAGGUCCCACAUUUCCACCAUGAGUUUGUCUAUGAGGCGAUAGUGUUGGUGUUGGAGUCCAAAGGAGAGAAAACAUUAAGAAUGGUUCUGCAGCUUCUCAAGUCUCUCUCUGCUUCCUCUGUCAUCACUGUGGACCAAAUGAGAAGGGGCUUUGAAAGAGUUUAUAUGGACAUUGCUGAAAUCAACAUUGAUGUCCCUCGCGCAUACUACAUCCUGGAGCAAUUUGUUGAUAAGAGCUUCGUUAUGGGAAUCAUUGAUGUAAAGUUAAGAGAUCUUUGUCCCUGUCGAGGCCGGAAGAGAUUUGUCAGCGAGGGAGAUGGUGGUGUUGUGAAACACGAAAGUUACUGAGGAGCCAUUUCCAUGUGCCGUAUGUCCUGAAAAGCGGAGGAUAGAGCUACCUUUUUUACUUGCAUAUUUUCCAAAAUAGUUGGGUGUGAAUUGUUCCCUUCUAACAGUCAAAAUAAUGUACAUUUCUGAAAUUGAGGUGGGGUGUUUAAAAAAACGACUGCACUUUUGAUUGACCCUGAAGUAGAGCACUGUCUUCAAGGUGUUUCAAUACAAACAUUUACAUAAGCUAACCCUUAAAGUGCCACACCUUGCAGUGUCAGUCAUUCCAUGUUGUUUUGUACAGUAUUUUCUUAUAAGUUCACUGCCACUCCUUUUGUGUUUUGUAGAAAGCAGUGUUUGUACAAAGAUGACUGGUUUGUGUCAAAAGCUUUAUAAAAGGUUAUUAAAAAAUAAAGAAAGGGUCAAAUGCAAUACUGUCUCCCUAUUUAGCUGCUGUUUCUAUGCUGUGUUGGCUAUUUCUUUCUACCCUUUCAAUCACACAAAGAUGUUUUUAAUUGAAGGUAUCAAGACACGAGUACAUUUCAAAAACAAAUAACAGUGAAAUAACUUCACAAAAUUGUGUUUGAGUGUUUAUUUUUAUACCUAUACUGGGGAGUGAAAUGUACCACAUAUUGCUCCUUGUUUGUUCAUUAAAUCACUAUUCAACAACCUAAGGCUGCAUUUGUAAUUGACACAAUAUAAAGUAUUACAGCUUUAUUCUAUGAUCUGACCAAUAAACUGCUCUUCAUUCACUCGAUAAGGAAGAUGUUCUUGUUAAUGUCAAAUCACAGAUGCAGUAAUACACAU